AUGAAGAUAUUCGACAACGACAUGCAGUGGAUAAAAACUUCGCACCAGGAACACACUGGCCCCGGUGCUUUGGCAACGUACUAUGAGAAGUACCUCAAGUUCUACGACUCAAAUCUGAACUUAGCGGCUCUCACCCGCCGCAUCAUCGCAGUCGAGAAGGCCUUUGGAGACUUCCUGGAUAUACUUGUCGCGAAUGACCGUGUCGCGGGCGUUCCUCUGGAAAUAGGGCGCCUGGGAAAGUACACAGAACCUCUCAUCCCGAGCGCGGAGUGGGUGCGGAUCUACAAGAAGUUCACCAACGACACGUUCGACGGCAAGGACACGGUGGUGCUGUGGAACAACGCGACGGCCGUGGUGGUGUUCGCCUCGGACACCAGUCGCCUGGCACGCGAGGAAGCGCGUCUGCUGAUGGCGUGGAGCGUGCUGCGGAGGCUCGUCGUUUACAGCAGCGGUCGCGCCAUGAAGAGACUCCAAACGGAGGACCUCGAGACCUUCUGCCUAGACACUGUCUCGGGGGUACUCGAGGUGGCCGUCACCAACCGCUACAUCACCACGUACGCCCCGCAGAGAGCUCUUGAAGCCGCGAAGGUGUUGACACUGCGCAUGAUCAGCGAGCUGGUGAACAAGUUGUCCAACACUCGGUGGAUCGUUGAUCCGGUGCGCAAUCUGACCGUGACCAAGGCCCGGAGCCUGCAGCUCAUCAUGGCCUACCCCCCUCAUCUGGAGAACGCCUCCAAAUUGGAAGAGUUUUACUCGACUUUCCCGGACACUGGAGUGGGUUUCUUGAGGCCUUACCUGGAGACACACAGGCACUUCACCAGCCGCAUGUUCAAGGAAAACGCCACCGAGAACUUCACCACUGGUGUCGCCAAUGCCUACUACCAACCGGGCGUGAACACCAUGACGAUUCAGGCCGGAGUUGUGCAGCCGCCCAUGUACUUUCCCGACGGACCGGCAGCGCUGAAUUAUGGAGGACUGGGGCAGUUGGAAUCGAAUGCCAGGCAGCUCGACGACUUCACGGACUCGGAAGGCCUUGCCGACUACACGGGACUGCUGCUGGCCUACGCCGCCUACCGUAGUCUCCCGGCUGCCGAGCGGGACAGGAAGGUGCCCGGCAUCGCCUUGAGCGCCGAGAAGACCUUUUUCGUGGCGCACUGCCUCAAGUGGUGCUCCUUGUCCAAGAAACGCAGUCAGGAGAGCCGCUAUUGGGCCGGCCGCUCGCGUUGCGUCGUGCCGCUGCAGAACAUGCGCGAGUUCGCCUCGGCCUUUCGCUGCAAUACCGGGGAACCGAUGAGUCCCUCGAACAGAUGCGACUUCUGGUAGAAAACUCGGCGAUGCGUUAACUCAUCGCU